AUGGUUUCUUUUACAACUACACCAGCUCCCAAAAUCAAACCCUUUUGCUAUUCAAUCCAUUUGCCUCCCAACCGCUUAAUUCCCAAACCAGAACAAACCAUUUUCCACAAUGCUACACACAAUCAUCAUGAUUCGAUUGGAAAUUUGCUCCAAAGCUCUAAACUUAAUGGGUUCAGAGCCCGCGGCAGAAGAGUUUUAGUCCCAAUUGUUAGUGCGGCAGCAGGACAAGUACUACAAGAACCGGGUGAAGAGGAGAAACCAAAAAUUGGGAAAAUUUUCUUAUCUGAUGUGAAGGUGGUGAAGAGGAGAAAUGUGUUUUGGGGUAGAAAGUGGAGUUCUAUGGAUAUUGGUACAGCCGGGGUGGUGGCGGCUAUGCAUUUGUUAAGCCUUUUUGCUCCCUUCACAUUCAAUCCGGGAGCUUUUUGGGUUGCCGUUGGAUUGUAUGUUGUAACUGGUCUACUUGGAAUCACCCUGUCUUACCAUAGGAACCUUUCUCAUAGGAGUUUCAAGCUUCCCAAAUGGCUGGAAUACUUGUUUGCCUAUUGUGGUGCUCAAGCACUUCAGGGGAAUCCAAUUGAUUGGGUGAGUACACAUAGACACCAUCAUCAGUUUUGUGAUUCUGAAAAAGACCCACAUAGUCCCAUUGAAGGAUUUUGGUUUAGUCAUAUGAGUUGGCUCUUUGAUCAAAAUAGCUAUAUCGAACGGUGUGGAGAGGCUACAAAUGUUGUUGAUUUGGAGAAGCAGCCUUACUACAAAUUUCUGAAGAACACUUACAUUGUUCAUCCCUUGGCACUUGCAGCUCUCUUAUACUCAAUUGGUGGAUUUCCUUUCAUCGUGUGGGGAAUGGGAGUGAGGAUUGUGUGGGUGUACCACAUCACUUGGCUUGUGAAUUCAGCUUGUCACGUUUGGGGAAAACAGGCCUGGAAUACCGGCGAUCUUUCCCGGAACAAUUGGUGGGUGGCAGUGCUUGCAUUUGGAGAAGGUUGGCAUAACAAUCACCAUGCAUUCGAGUAUUCAGCAAGACACGGACUGGAAUGGUGGCAAAUUGAUAUGACUUGGUAUGUGGUCCGAUUUCUACAAGCCGUCGGAUUAGCCACUGAUGUUAAGCUACCAACCCAAGCUCAGAAGCGAAGGUUGGCUCUCACCAACUGA